UUCACCCCUAAACAGUAACACUCGCUCAUCUAUGGCUGCACAAUAUUGUUGCAAUCAACGGAUGCGGAUGCUCCAACCCACCACCACCAAUACUAUAUUGCCAGAUGAGAUCAUCGACGAUAUCCUCGUGAGGCUUCCGGUAAGGUCUCUCCUUCGAUUUAAGUCUGUGUGUAAAUCAUGGAAAACCCUAAUCAACGAUCCCAAAUUCGCAAACAUUCAUCUUCGAUUCUCCACCGCCGCGGAAGAUACAAGCACCGCCAACAAACAAUUGAUCUUUUAUACUAACAUGGAACCCUACGUGAUCUUAACUUACAAUCUGAAACAAUUAUUUGAAAACCCAUCAACAAGUGCUGAACUUGUUAUCUCCAGCUUCUUAAAUAUGAACAACAAGUAUGUUAAAGUAGGUUCAUGCAAUGGGUUGUUGUGUCUACUUGAUCGCUCUCAACGUCGUCUCAAAUUGUUGAACCCUUCUACCGGGGUCAAAUCCAAAAAAUCUCCACAAGUUUUUCCGUUGUUUAAUUGGAAGGUGAGGCAUAUUGGCUUCGGAUAUGAUCAAAUUAAUGACAAGUACAAGUUCCUUGUUGUUUUGAGUGAUUUCGACACAGGGGAAUCUUUAACCAAAAUUUAUACCUUUGGUGAAGAUUCUAGCAAAACUAUUCAGAAUUUGCCUUUUAAUUUGGGCACUUCCUUAGGGGAAUAUGUGAGUGGCACUCUGAAUUGGAUCGUUGAUAAAAAUGGUGGUGGUGAUAUUGGUAUUUAUCAAAGUUCGAUUCUUUCCUUUGAUUUGAACAAGGAGACUCAUAGGGAAAUUUUGCUGCCUCCAAAAGAUGGUGGGCUUGGUGGCAAAAUGCACAUAAUUAGUAAGCUGUGUGUUUUUGGUAAUAGUCUUUGUACUAUUGUCUUUGAAAAAUCGGAUUGGGUUGUGUGGUUGAUGAAACAGGUUGGAUCAGUUGUUGAGUCGUGGACUAAAUUGAAGAUCAUCCCCUAUGAAAAGUUUAUGUCGAGUUCUCUACCUUCUAAUAGUGUUGAGCCCUUGUUCAUUUCGGAAAAUGGUGUUGUUCUUCUAAGGAACAUACGGUCUUCCAAAUUUGUUCUAUAUAACUUAAAUACUAGUGAGUUGGUUUAUCCCUCUUUAAGUUGUGAACAGAUACCUUAUUUCCCUUUCUACAAAAACAAUCUACUUUAUCUCCAUAUUCAACUUGAAAGUUUGGUAUCUCCGCGAUGGUAA